ACAACAGAAGACUCGCCAAGUGUCGCACAACGAAAUACUUCUUUUCAGCUCACACGGAGUCGAAAUGACGUCUUCAGUGAUGGAUGGUGUAGGGAGAGCCAUGGUGGGAGUCUGGCGGGCCCACACGACCCUGGACGAGUCGGAUGGUCCCGACAGCUCCCCCGAGGCCCCCGACCGCUUCCGCAAGCUCCGUUCUUCGUCCUCCCUCAACUCGCUGCGGAUGUCGCUACGCAAACGUCUCCCACUGCGCGCCGUCCAGGCCAACUCUCUUCCGGAGGACGCCAGUUGUGAACCCGCCAAGGAGCCGCCAAAGACCGGAGCCAUCCGCAAGCUGACCCGCACCGCUCGGAACUCUGUCGGCGGGGCGUUGCAGCGGUUUCAGCGGAGCAGGGAGUUCUCCCGUGACCAGUGCUUGGUGGCGACGCCGGGUCGCAUCUGCGAGGGUGAUGAGUGCACCUCCCCUGCAUACCGCACCCCGAGACGCACCCCAAGGUCCGCGACUGCACGCACACCGGGCUCCAGAGGGAAGAGGACCCCUGAUGCAGGGGUCCGCGGGGUCAAGCACAGUGGCGGUAGAAGGCAGCUGGUUCGCAUGGCAGCUCUGCGUAGCCCUUUUGCAUCGCCGAACGUGCAGAACCAAAGACUGAAGUUUGACCAGGAUCUGGAGUCUGUCUCAAGUGGACUCCGGAGGCUUAAACAUCUCUCAAGAGCUUUCGAAGAGCUCAUCGGAAGAGAUGACAAGUGCAAAACAAUGGCCAAACGCAGCGGUUCGACGGCCACGGUGAUGGUGAUGAGGAAGUUGGAUCCAAGUGGGAAGCUCAGCUCCUCCAACCUGAGCCGCCGAGCCUCGCGGGUUUCUGAGCGAAUUGGCAGCUUGGCCCUCGCCAUUCGCAAAUAAGGCCCUCAAUGAGUUUUUAUGCAUUUUAAAAGACCUUUUGUAUGUAUGUACUCAUGGUUAACAAAACAAGGUGUCACUGUUAAAUUCCGAACACAUUUAGCGGUGACAUUGCAACACUUUAUUUUUUUCUGAACUGUCCUGCAGUGUUAUCUGUUUCUUUGCAUUGUUACUAGGCUAGUUAGCUAAUUAUGGGUCAAUUCUUCCAAAGUGUAGCUAACAAUUGUGUUUUGUGAUCAUUUUCUAGCUGCUACAACCAAAUGUAUUGUUUUUACAUACUGUAUUCUAUAACACUUGUCUUUUUCUAAUUAGAAAGUAUUUACUCGUCUCUGGGGUCUACUUUUUUGUUUUUGAAAGGAAAAAGACCAAAACUGUUCUGUUUGACCAACACUAACAUGUAUGUGUAUGUUUUGAUGUUAUAUUUGCCACUUUUUUUUGUCGUGUUUUACAUAUGAAUGUGCCUUUUUAUACACUUUUUCACUAUUUUUCCAACAUACUGAAUAUUCAGUAGGCUGAUAAAAUCUGAGCAGUGGGUGAUUCAUGUAGUUUACUCCUUUUGUUAUGUGAUAAGCAAGCAAUAAUGGGUGAAAUGAAGCAAUUAUGUCCCAUCUUAAGACUAGCUUUAUUAAUGUUAGGAAAGGAGAAACUUGUCAAAAUGUGAAUUAAAC